GGCAGAGCUUCAGGAAGCAAUGCACUCCUGUGAAGAGGAGCUGGAGCCGGGCGUUUCAGCAGAUGAGAGUGCAAAAGGAUGCACUUCAAUUGUGACUCUAUGAAAAACUGCCAGUUGUGUGAGGCAAUUGAGAAGAGUGGUGCACUGGUGGAUUUUCUCAGUGCAGUUGUAUUUCGUAGGCAGCUAGAGCUAAGAAGUUGCUUAAAACAGUUUGGAGCUCCACCCUUCUAUAUUGUGUGUAUCAACAUCUUAGGAAGCAGCUGAUAAUAGUUGCUCAGCCUAACUUAACCAUUGUGCACUGGUUUGUAUGAUACCGUCUGUGAGGCUAUGUGGCUGUGCUCUAUGAAAGGUGAAAUUUCCCUGCAGGGCACCUUCCAUGUCGAGUAAGUUUUUCCAGGCUGCUUCUGAGUUCAUCUGUAUUCAGCCAGCACUAGAGCUCAAAGCGUGCGUCACACAGAAAAGACUGCAUAAUAAUGACGAAGGGACACUUGAGGCUUGAAUUGUGUUGCCUUUGAGAGGAGUGAGGGGACAGUAAUUCAGACGAACGACUGGCAGAGCUGGGACAAAACUGUUAUAAUUCUGAAAUUCAUUAUUCUGCUCAACAAAAGGCAUAAUGUUAAGCCUACAGGAUUCCAUGUUUUUUGAAAUUAGCAUCAAGUCUCUGCUGAAGUCUUGGAGUAGUAGCUCGUCGGCACCAGUCAGCAGUGUGAGUAGGCGCCGUAUUUCUACAGGCACUCAUCCCAUCUGGGAGAAGAAAAGUGUCAUCAUGUCAAACGUUACCAUUGACCCAGACAUCAAACCUGGGGAGUAUGUCAUCAAGAGUCUCUUGGCUGAAUUCACAGUCCAGGCGGAGAAGAAGAUUGAAGUUGUGAUGGCUGAACCACUGGAGAAACCAUUGUCCAGAUCUUUGCAAAGAGGUGAAGACUCACAAUUUGAUCAGGUGAUUAGCUCUAUGAGCUCGGUAGCAGAACACUGCCUUCCCUCUUUACUUCGCACCUUGUUUGAUUGGUAUAGGCGACAGAAUGGAACAGAAGAUGAGUCUUAUGAAUACAGGCCACGGUCAAGUACAAAAUCCAAAGUGGAUGAACAACAUCGUGACAGAGAUUAUUUGCUCGAGCGAAGAGACUUAGCUAUAGAUUUCAUUUUUUGUUUAGUUUUAAUAGAGGUUUUAAAACAGAUUCCUCUUCAUCCAGUGCCAGAUGCUUUAGUACAUGAAGUUCUGAACUUGGCUUUUAAGCACUUUAAACACAGGGAAGGGUAUUCAGGACCCAACACUGGGAACAUGCACAUUAUUGCAGAUUUGUAUGCAGAAGUGAUUGGAAUUCUUGCACAAUCAAAGUUUCAGGCAGUAAGGAAAAAGUUUAUGACAGAGCUGAAAGAACUUCGUCACAAAGAGCAGAGUCCUCAUAUAGUGCAAAGCAUCAUCAGUCUAAUCAUGGGAAUGAAGUUCUUCCGGGUCAAAAUGUAUCCCGUGGAAGAUUUUGAAGCUUCAUUUCAGUUUAUGCAGGAAUGUGCACAGUAUUUCCACGAAGUGAAAGAUAAAGACAUAAAACAUGCACUCGCUGGACUGUUUGUGGAAAUUCUAAUUCCUGUCGCUGCUGCUGUUAAGAAUGAAGUGAACGUGCCAUGCCUCAAGAAUUUUGUAGAGAUGCUUUAUCAGACCACCUUUGAGCUUUCUUCAAGAAAGAAACAUUCAUUGGCUCUGUAUCCAUUGGUUACCUGUCUGCUGUGCGUCAGUCAAAAACAGUUCUUUCUCAACAACUGGCACAUAUUCCUACAGAACUGUCUGUCUCACUUAAAGAAUAAAGACCCUAAAAUGUCUCGAGUUGCACUGGAGUCACUGUACAGGUUGCUGUGGGUUUAUGUAAUCAGAAUAAAAUGUGAAAGCAAUACUGUAACACAAAGUCGCCUUUUGAGCAUUGUAUCAGCACUUUUCCCCAAAGGCUCACGCAGUGUGGUCCCUCGUGACACGCCUCUCAACAUAUUUGUGAAGAUAAUUCAGUUCAUUGCUCAGGAACGACUUGAUUUUGCAAUGAAAGAAAUUAUUUUUGAUCUACUUUGUGUUGGAAAACCAUCAAAAACAUUUACCAUUAAUCCAGAGAGGAUGAACAUUGGCCUGAGAGCAUUUUUAGUAAUUGCGGAUAGUUUGCAGCAGAAAGAUGCGGAGCCUCCAAUGCCAACAACUGGGGUUGUUCUUCCAUCGGGCAGUACCCUGCGAGUGAAGAAAGUCUUUCUAAACAAAACUCUGACAGAUGAAGAAGCUAAAGUGAUAGGAAUGUCAUUCUACUACCCUCAAGUGAGGAAGGCGCUUGACAGCAUUCUUCGACACCUGGAUAAGGAGGUGGGGAGGUCGAUGAGCAUGACUAAUGUGCAGAUGUCUAACAAGGAGCCUGAAGAUAUGAUCACGGGUGAAAGGAAGCCCAAGAUAGAUCUGUUCAGGACUUGUGUGGCUGCAAUACCAAGGCUGAUUCCAGAUGGUAUGAAUAGGGCAGAACUCAUUGAACUACUGGCAAGACUCACUGUUCACAUGGAUGAAGAGCUUCGUGGUCUGGCAUUCACUACUCUGCAAGCUUUAAUGGUCGAUUUUCCUGACUGGAGGGAGGAUGUUUUGUCGGGAUUUGUGUCAUUCAUUGUCCGAGAAGUGAAUGAUGUCCAUCCAACACUCCUAGACAACUCUGUCAAGAUGUUAGUGCAGUUAAUAAAUCAUUGGAAACAAGCAGUCCAGUCUCAUAUCAAAGGUCAUGAUCUGCAGCGAAAUGUUCCCAAUGGAGGUGCCCACACACUUCCACUGGAACGGAGCGCUUACUCCUCUGUUUUUCACGCAGUGGAAGGGUUUGCUUUAGUGGUUCUUUGCAGCUGUCGACCUGCUACCAGGAGACUGGCUGUUAAUGUUCUCAGAGAAAUUAGAACCUUGUUCACAGCGCUGGGCCUCUCAAAGGGAGAUGAAGAACUGACAAUCGAUGUCAUGGAUCGAUUAAGCCCGUCGGUAUUAGAAAGCUUUAUACAUCUCACUGGAGCAGAUCAGACCAGCUUGCUGUACUGCCCUAGUGGGAUAGACUUACAGACACUUGCAGAGUGGAGUUCCUCUCCCAUCAGUCAUCACUUUGAUGUGGUCAGUCCGUCACACAUCUGGAUAUUUGCUCAUGUGACUCAGGGACAAGACCCCUGGGUGAUCAGCUUAUCGAGCUUCCUCAAACAGGAAAAUUUACCUAAACACUGUCCAUCAGCACUAAGUUAUGCAUGGUUGUAUUCAUUUACCCGACUGCAGAUGCUCUCUCCACAAGUGGAUAUCAACAGUCCUAUAAAUGCCAAAAAGGUCAGCACCACGAUUGGCAAUGAUUCGUACGUUGGGCUUUGGAGAAACUAUCUAAUCCUUUGCUGCAGUGCAGCAACAUCUAACACGGCUACGUCGGGGUCAGUGCGGUGUUCCCCUCCUGAGACGCUGGCGUCUACACCUGAUAGUGGCUACAGUCUGGAUUCUAAGAUUAUUGGCAUUCCGUCCCCUGCUUCAUUGUUCAAGCUUAUAGUUCCAAUGAUGCGCUCUGAGAGCAUGGAAAUUACAGAAUCCCUUGUGCUAGGGCUUGGCAGGACCAACCCUGUAGCCUUUAGAGACUUAAUAGAAGAACUUCACCCUAUUAUAAAGGAAGCACUUGAAAGGAGACCAGAGAACAUGAAGCGACGCAGGCGUCGAGACAUUUUGCGAGUGCAGUUAGUGAGGAUAUUCGAGCUGCUGGCAGAUGCUGGUGUAAUAAGUUACAGUACAAGUGGAGGCCUUGAUAAUGAAACACAUUCCCUCAAUAACACUCUGUUGGAGUACGUUGAUCUGACGAGGCAGCUGCUUGAAGCGGAGAAUGACAAGGACUCUGACACAUUAAAGGAUAUCCGUUGCCAUUUUAGUGCCUUGGUGGCCAAUAUCAUACAAAAUGUCCCAGUGCACCAACGCAGGGCUAUAUUUCCUCAGCAGAGUCUUCGCCAUAGUCUGUUUAUGCUGUUCAGCCACUGGGCUGGUCCUUUUAGCAUUAUGUUUACUCCCCUGGACCGAUACAGUGAUAGGAACAUGCAAAUUAACAGGCACCAAUAUUCUGCAUUAAAGGCUAUGUCAGCUGUACUAUGUUGUGGGCCUGUGUCUGAUAAUGUAGGUCUGUCAUCAGAUGGUUACCUAUACAAGUGGUUGGAUAAUAUCCUGGAUUCCCAAGACAGAAAGGUUCACCAGUUAGGUUGUGAGGCUGUCAUGUUGUUAUUAGAGCUGAAUCCAGACCAGAGUAACCUGAUGUACUGGGCUGUGGAUCGAUGCUACACGGGUUCAAGACGGGUGGCAACUGGCUGUUUCAAGGCAAUAGCCAAUGUAUUUCACAACAGGGAUUACCAGUUUGACACUGUGGCUCUUCUGAACCUGAUACUUUUCAAAGCUGCCGAUUCAUCCAGAGAAAUCUAUGAAGUUGCCAUGCAACUACUGCAGAUCUUGGAGCCCAAGCUAUUUCGCUAUGCCACCAAGCUCGAAGUUCAACGGACGGAUGGGAUAUUAAAUCACCCUUCUCCGCUGCCACAUCUCUAUUCUGUUUCCUAUUAUCAACUGUCGGAAGAAUUGGCCAGAACUUACCCAGAACUCACACUGCCAAUCUUCUCGGAAAUCAGUCACAGAAUCCAAACAGCACACCCUGCUGGUCGGCAAGUGAUGCUGCAUUACCUUCUACCCUGGAUGAAUAAUAUUGAACUGGUAGAUUUCAAACCACUGUCUUCAGCCAGGAGGAUGGAUGAAUCUGAUGAAGGUUACUUGAAGGACAGAGAGAUGAUGACGAACAGCAGGCGCUGGCUAAAAGGAGAAGGCUGGGGAUCACCCCAGGCUACCACCAUGGUGCUAAACAACCUGAUGUAUAUGACAGCAAAAUAUGGCGAUGAGCUAGCGUGGUCAGAAAUAGAAAAUGUGUGGACGACGCUGGCAGACAGUUGGCCUAAAAAUCUAAAGAUAAUUCUGCACUUCCUUAUCAGCAUGUGUGGUGUAAACAGUGAGCCCAGUCUCCUACCAUAUAUCAAGAAAGUGGUUGUGUACCUGGGCAGAGAUAAAACAAUGCAGCUGCUGGAAGAGCUAGUGGCAGAACUGCAACUGACUGAUCCAGUAAGCUCAGCUGUCACUCAUAUGGAUAACCCACCCUACUACCGCAUCACCUCCAGUUACAAAAUCCCCUCCGUCACCUCAGGUACCACUUCCAGCAGCAAUACAAUGGUGGCUGGACACGAUGGGCAGCAGGACAAUAAGUUACCAAAGGAUCCCACAAAUGAUGAAAGCAAUUAUGGCCAUUUUGAUAUCUACAGUGGACUGAAUAGUAACCUAAACCGUCAGCACCAUCGGCUUGAAUCUCGUUACAGCAGCAGCUCUGGGGGUUCCUAUGAAGAGGAGAAGAAUGAUUCCAUGCCAAUUUAUGCAAACUGGAGGCUGAAAGUAAUGGAACUAAACCGAGCAGAGCCAUUGCCGUUCUCUCCCACUGGCGGAAGCUGGUCACCAUUGGCUGAUUAUCUGCCUGAGACUGGCACCUCUGGGGUACCCCUGCACAGAUGUAACAUAGCAGUGAUUCUUCUGACUGAUCUUAUCGUUGAUCACAGUGUAAAGGUGGAAUGGGGAAGCUAUAUGCAUCUCUUGCUUCAUGCAAUAUUUUUAGGAUUUGAUCACCAGCACCCUGAAGUAUACGAGCACUGUAAGCGACUGCUUUUGCACUUGCUUAUAGUAAUGGACUAUAACAGUAAUGUUCAAGCCAUGGCCUCCGUCCUCCUCAGGAACCGGGAUUAUACUGACCCUAAAGUGCUCACUGUCAAACCAGCCACUCAUAUAGAGUACAGUUUUACAGCAGGGGGCAGUGAAUUUGCACCAGAUUACCAGCCAUCGCCAAUGACAGACUCAGGACUCAGCUCAAGCUCUACCUCUUCUAGCAUCAGUUUAGGAACUACAAGUGCUGCCAUUCCCCAACUAACACCCACCAUCUUAAAUGAGGUGGACAUUACUGCAGAGCAAGAUGAAAAAGUGAAAACACUCAUCGAAUUUAUAACCACAAGAAAACGAGGGCCUCUUUGGAACCAUGAAGAUGUCUCGCCUAAAAAUCCUAGCAUUAAAACUGCUGAACAGUUAACUGUGUUUUUAAAACAUGUAGUGUCCAUAUUCAGACAAUCUCGAUCAGGUUUUCAGCUGGAGCAGCUUCUCAGUGAAGUAGCUCUGCAGACAGCACUUUCAUGUAAUAAUAGACAUUACGCUGGAAGGUCAUUCCAGAUCUUCAGAGCUCUAAAACAGCCACUGACGGUAUCUACGCUUUCUGAUGUACUGUCAAGGCUUGUUGAGACCGUUGGAGAUGCAGGGGAAGAGGCUCAGGGUUUUGUUAUAGAACUGCUGCUCACUCUGGAGUCUGCCAUUGACACACUUGCAGACACAAUGAAACAUUAUGAUCUCCUUUCUGCACUUUCUCAAACCCACUUGACUGAUUCGUUACUGGUCACCAAGUUGGCAGCUAACAGGAAAAGCACUGGACAACUGAACCUAAGCACAAGCCCACUCAAUACCAGUGGUUUCCUAACUCAUUAUAGUUGUCAUGCAAGAAGUAACUCCUUGCGAGCCAGUCUGUUGGGUGAACGGCGGGGUGACCGACGUCGAAGUAAUACACUGGAUAUUUUGGAUGGAAGGAUGAAUUUUGGUAACUUGGCGAGGACUCGAAGCCUCUCCUCUCUCAGAGAGGGAGCAACACCUGACCAGCAGCCAACUGCUGAUCCUAGUAGUCUGAUGGCUACCGUUUUCUGGAUAGCUACGGCCCUGUUAGAGUCAGACUAUGAGUACGAGUACCUCUUGGCACUGAAGCUGCUCAAUAAACUGCUCACACAUUUGCCGCUGGAUAAAUCGGAGAGCAGGGAGAAGGUAGAAAAAGUGCAGAGCAAACUGAAGUGGAACAACUUUCCUGGCCUCCAGCAGUUAUUUCUCAAAGGCUUUACCUCAGCGUCCACUCAGGAGAUGACAGUUCAUCUCCUCAGCAAACUGAUUUCCAUCUCCAGGCAUACUCUGGUGGAUCCGGCUCAGGUAGCAGGAUUUCCAUUAAAUAUUCUAUGCCUGCUACCUCAUCUAAUUCAACAUUUUGAUAACCCUACUCAAUUCUGCAAGGAAACUGCUGACAGAAUAGCCAAGGUCUGUGCAGAGGAGAAGACAGUCACUCUCUCCAACCUGGCUCACAUGAUGAGUCUUUAUAGCACACACAGUUAUUCCAGAGACAGUGCAAACUGGAUCAAUGUGGUUUGCAGAUACCUCCAUGACGCAUUCUCUGAUAUCACCUUUAAUCUUGUCACUUAUCUAGCUGAGCUAUUAGAAAAAGGCCUGUCUAGUAUGCAGGGAUCAUUACUGCAAAUUAUCUACAGCCUUCUGAGUCACAUUGACCUGUCUGCAGCUCCAGUAAAGCAAUUCAAUUUGGAGAUCAUGAAGAUCAUUGGGAAAUAUGUGCAGAGCCCAUACUGGAAGGAAGCUCUUAACAUUUUGAAAUUGGUGGUGUCUCGUUCAGCUAGUCUUGUUGUACCAGAAGAGGUACAGAAAACAAAUUUUGGAGGCGAUUCCUCAACAUCUCCUGAAAUUUCCUUCACAAAAAUCUGGAAUAAUGCUUCGAAAGAACUACCUGGAAAGACCCUAGAUUUCCACUUUGACAUCUCUGAGACGCCAAUCAUAGGGCAGAAGUAUGGUGACCAGCACACUGCUGCGGGUAGGAACGGAAAGCCUAAAGUCAUUGCCGUCACUCGAAGUACUUCUUCUACAUCAUCGGGGUCGAACUCAAAUGCCUUAGUGCCCGUCAGCUGGAAAAGGCCGCAACUAUCACAGAGGCGGACGAGAGAGAAACUAAUGAAUGUGCUCUCACUUUGUGGUCAAGACGUUGGUCUUCCCAAGAACCCAUCAGUUAUAUUUUCAUCUAAUGAAGACCUGGACAUUACAGAACAACAGACCAGCCUAAUCUCCACCACGGAAGAUCCAAUCAGAGAAGAGGAGGUUCCUGUGGAGGACGCCAACAGUGAGCAGCAAUUUGGAGUAUUCAGAGACUUUGAUUUCCUGGAUGUUGAGCUGGAAGAUGCAGAGGGUGAAAGCAUGGACAACUUUAACUGGGGUGUGCGGAGGCGCUCGCUGGACAGCAUUGAGAAGGGUGAUACCCCAUCCCUGCAGGAAUACCAGUACUCAGGAAGCACACCCAGCCUGAACCUGACCAAUCAGGAGGACACUGACGAGUCUUCGGAAGAGGAGGUACUGACUGCUAGUCAGAUACUGUCCCGCUCACAGAUACUAAACAAUGAUUCAGCAACAGAUGAUGCUGUACCAAACCAUGUGGAUUCCCUGCUGCAGUCAACAGACACAGCAACCAGUGUGGUGACCGAGGAAGCACCACUCCCCAGACCUGAGACUCCAAAUUUAGAGACACCUCCUCCAGAUAGCGCUAACAACCAGCUGCCUGAGGAUGGCAGAGCAGUGAUAAAGGAUGAACUGGCUAGCACCGCUAGUGACUCGGGUUCAGCCAGCAACCAAGAAGUGCAGGAAUCCCAGAGAUAUCAAGAGCUUCCUGCCCCUGAGAGCUCUCCUGAAUCAAUCUGUGAAGAGGAUGUCACUCUUGCCCUUAAAGAGCUGGAUGAGAGAUGUGAAGAAGAGGAGGCAGAUUUAUCAGGUCAUUCAAGCCAAGAUGAGGGAGAUCAGGAAGGCUUUCCAGAGGUUCAGACUUCACCACCUCCUUCACCAUUUCUCUCUGCCAUUUUGGCAGCAUUCCAACCAGUGGCAUAUGAGGAUGAGGAGGAAGCCUGGCGUUGUCAUGUCAACCAGAUGUUGUCUGACACUGAUGGCUCCAGUGCUGUGCAUACAUUUCAUGUGUUCUCUAGAUUGUUUCAGAGCAUUCAGAAGAAAUUCUGUGCCAUAACUCAUGAUUCCGUCAGUCAUUUGGGGGACAGUUUGCAGCGAAUUGGGUCAAAGUUCAAGAGUUCAUUGGAAGUAAUGAUGAUAUGUUCAGAUUGCCCUACAGUGUUUUUGGAUGCUGAAACUCUGCUCUCGUGUGGAUUGUUAGAGACAUUGAAAUUUAGUGUGUUAGAGCUACAGGAACACCUGGACACCUACAAUGCAAAGAGGGAGGGAGCUGAGCAGUGGUUAGAAAACUGCAAAAGAACUUUUGGUGCAGGAGAUAGCCUCCAAAGAACCAAUCGAGAUGCGCAACAAAUGGAAGUUCUAGCAGAGCUGGAGCUGUGUCGAAGGCUUUACAAACUGCAUUUUCAACUACUUCUCUUAUACCAAGCUUAUUGCAAGCUCAUCAGUCAAGUGGAUACAAUCAAGCAAGAGCCUGAGGUGAUAAAUAUGUCUGAAGAACUGGCACAGCUGGAAGCCAGCUUGAAAGAGGCAGAACGUACAGCAGAAAGCAACAAUGAGGAUAUUGACAUACCUGAGGCCCUCCAGACAUGCACAGAAACUGCCAUUCACUCUCUUAUUGAGACUUUGAGAAACAAGGAAUUCAUGUCUGCACUGGCUCAGGUCAAGGCAUUCAGAUCUGUCUGGCCCAGUGAUAUAUUUGGAAAUGAUGAAGAUGACCCAGUUCAGACCCUUCUGCACAUCUAUUUCCGCCAUCAGACACUAGGCCAAACUGGCAGCUUUGCGGUAGUAGGCUCUAACCAAGACCCGUCGAAGGUUUGUUCCAAACUAAUGGAAUUGAAUCUGCAGAUUCGGGAGUCGCUCCGAACAGUCCAAUCUUACCAACUCCUCGCAAAGGCCUCACCUUCAGCGGAUGUUGUCAGUACUGGAUUCUAAAGUACAACAAUGGCCUCUCCAGAAUAUUCAUCCAUUUCAGUGUUAGUCAGAGUUCUGUUCACUAUUAACCCCGACUGUCAUAUUGGCUCCUAUUUGCUUUUCAAGCAUUCUGCAGACUGCAUCUAUUUAUAUGAAUACACCGAGGCACGUGAAGAAGAAGCCAGAUGUUAAACAUAAACAGCCUAUUAUUUCAGCAUUGUAUUAAAAUUCCGGAGUGAGUGGUUGCUGUACAGAACUAAUCAACAGCUGUUUGAGGCAAGUUGCUCCACGUGCCAGGUGUACAAGAUUGACUACAGCCAUCGUCAUGCUUAUAUUGCAAUUAUUACACAUACGCAAUUAAUUCUGCAAGAAAACAGCAUGAAAGGACGGGGACAUGUAUUCUUCAUUUUCUGAAGACAAGCUAGCUGGAAGACUUCCUUGUAUUGAUGUACAGUAAUAACAUUAGCAGGUGGAAUGAUGCUAAAAUCAUCUGGGAAAUGGCUUUUGGCUGAUUGACCUGCAAGGCUUCCUGGUCUAUCUAUAAAUAUUAUAUAUAAUAUAUAAAUAAUAUAAGAGUAAAUAAAGCCAUUAAAUAUUUGAACUUUUUGCUUUCGUAGAAUGUGUGGACAAAUAUCUAAUCAUAAACUAAACAGCAAAUCUCCUACAUGGACAAGUAUACCAACUAUGGUCACUUUCCAUGUGGUAAAGAUUAUAUGUAAGGAUUGAAAAUUUGAUGUAUACAAAAUUGCAGGCUUGCAGUUAUUCUAAAAAUGUUUAUGAUUUAUAAAGUCUCUGAAAGCAUGCCUGAUUUUUUUUCAGAAUAAAUUUAUUUUUUAUUAGAACUAAUGUGAUCCAUGGUAUGCUGUAGUAUAUCUUAUGCAGAUUUAGGAUAUUUGACAGGUAUAAUUUAAACUGAGUUUAACUGUAAAACUAAUCACGCAUCUGUUUUUUUGUUUACUGUUCAGAGAUCAUUUGCUUUUCUCUGAUCAGUAGUUAUGUUAUAAAUACCAGUGGUAUCUAACCAAAAAUACAUGCCUGUAGGGACUUAAAACUGAGUUGCAAAAGGAUAAACUGCUGUGUCCCAGCAGCUUUCAUUAGAAGUCAGAAAAAUAACUUAUUUUACUCUGUAAAUAUUUUAGACCUGUAUAGUGUAAAAUCAGUAUUGUUUUUUCUUGUACAUUUGUGCAAUGCACUGUUAUAUGAGAAUAGGUGUAUAAAAGUAAUGCAAAAAAAACACAAAAAUGUACUGGUAAUGAGUCUUUAUCUGCUGUCUAUGCAGUCUAUGAAUUCACAACAACUCUGAGAACAGAUGCUAUUUUGUCUGCUCCACAUGUAUUCUUCCACAGAAGUUCAACUUCAGGACCAUUCAUUAUUGGGAAAGAAAGUCAAAGACUGAACACAUAAUAUGUGUUACACUCAAAAGGACUAAUAUAUUGAUACCCUUCAGAUUUAGAAUACUUUGUGAACUUUGUUCACAGCAGGUUGCUUUCUGUGGGGAAAGAAAUGAAUGUAAAACCACCCAUUGGUGAUGUACCUGCCUCUGUUUGCUGGGAAUGACCCUGCUUAUUAUAUGCAUCUAUCCUAUCCACUGUGAUUUUUAUUGGGCUCUGUACCAUAGAGCAUAGAAUGUACUGUUGAAUUAUUAGCAUUUGCCUUUUGAGAAAGUGAACUGUAGACCAGAAAUAAUUGUGAUGAAUUGUAUGAGUUUAAGGCACUGUGCACGCUAUCAGACUGCAAACAGUAGUUAAUAUAAUUUAAAGCUCUGUAACCAGUCAUAGCAAAUUAACAAAUCACUGUAAUCAUUCUUCAACAAUGAUAAAUUAUUUUGUUGGCAGUUCUGGAUGUUUUUAAAUAUUUAAAGGAUAUGCUUAAUCACUGAGGUUUUCUCAGUUUAUA